AGCCUCACCUGGCUGAGAGCAGAAGGAGGUGAAGACUCCACUGUGUCUCUUUUUUACACUGAAACUGAAGAAGUCGCGGAGUCACCUGUUGUUUGUUUGUGUGUUUUUCUUAAAUUAAUUUACGACUCAUUCGGACUUUUAUUUUUGAAACCGCAGCUGAGUGUGACGUUCACGGUCCCGCGGGAAAGACUGGUUUCACUCUGAUAAAUUCACAUUCAAGUGUUUGACACUUCCGGGUUCAGACUUGGUUCAGACUUGUGUGAGAAAACAGAGCGACAUGAACAACAUGGAGAUGAAACCGCUUCAUACGAACGGGAAUGAUGCAGCGGCCCAUUUAAAUGAACGGGUGACGGCGGUAAAUGGAGACAGCACGGACAAAUCCUCAGCUGCAACAGAAAGAGACGUUUUACUUUCCAGACAGGGUGCUGAUCACAACGGGGACGCGAUCACCUCCAGCCAUGAAAUGGAAGCCCAAACAACUGUGGGAUGCACGUACGACUCUAAAGAGUCGAGCACCAUCAGCAGGAUUCUGAGGGAACUGAACUCUGAGGUUCUCCACAGAGUCAAACUAUGGAUGGCCUUAAUCCUCAUUGCUGUCGUCAUCGUUGCUGUGGUUCUCAUUUCACUGGCGGCGUGUGCAGCGCUCCACGAGGACGUGGACGACAUGUUUGACCCGUCACUGUUUAUCGUCCCUCUGAAUUUCAACGGGAGCUUCCAGCUGCCAAACCAGGUCUUCACCGAGGAACUUUUCAUCUUUUCAUCCAACGAGAGCCAAACCCUCUCUGUUGACCUCCAAGAAAAGCUCUCUGACCUUUACAGAGCCUCUCCUGCUCUGGGACGAUACUUUUCCACGGCUGAGAUAUAUGCUCUACGAAACGGCUCGGUCAUCGCUGACUACCAGCUGUCGUUCCUUCUGCCUGAAGAGCAGCAGGAGGAGCUGAGAAACUUCACCCUGAGCAGGGAGAUGGUCUACAACGUCUUCAGGCAGUUCCUCUACGACCAGGAAAUAGAGCAGACCUCGCCCAUGUACAUUUAUCCCCGGUCCCUGUUCAUGUUUUGACAUGUUUGACUCCUGGAAAACCGGAGCGUCUUGAUUUUUGUCCUGAGUUUGAAACGAGGAACUCGCUCGUCACACGCUCGUUCACGUCCUACUUUUUUUCUGUCUGCAUAUGACAAGUCAGACCUUUGUGGGAUUUUUUUAAUCUCCCACGAGUGGGUGGAAACGCUGUGUACGUGUCAUGCAUCUUCACCACAGGAAGCUGCAGAUGCAAAGCCACAGUCACACAGUGUUUGACGUUAUGUGAGACAGCAGAAGAAGAAAAGAAAAGCAAAAAUAGUAUUUUACUGUAAAUUCUAUCCCGAGUAUUGCUGUAUAUACCCGUACUGUAAUUAUUUAUAUUCACUCCUCGGCUGUAAUUUCACGUUUAAUUGUUUGUGUACAGAAGGAAACACAAAGUGUUUUUUAAAGGAAAUAUAAAGUGUUUAUAUUUGCAUAUCUUUGACUUUUACUGUGUGUCCUUAAACUGUGGAACACUGUGAAAAAACUGCCUCAAACAUAUUAUAUAGUUAUAUAUAUAUAACAGGAUUUCAGUGUCAUGUUGUUAAUAUCUUGGUUUGGAAAGAACAUUUUAUUAAAUGUUGAUUUUAAAGGCAUUUCAAGAUGCACAAAGACAUAGAAUAAGCCUUUAAAACAUAGUGAAAACAAUUAAUAGAAUGUGAAUAGAAUGAGAAAAAAAAAAGUUAAAAUGACAUUACUUUAAAUGUUAAUUUAGAGGGUUAAAAAAAUGGGAAUAAGACUCAGAUAUUUUCUGUAUAUCUAUAGCUGAAAAGUGUGAAAAAUCAAGACGUGUUCCACUACAGUAAAACCAGUUACCAGUUUUAAUGUUAAGGGCUGAUUUUUAUGUAAAAGGAAAUCAAUACUUUGUGCAAUAUUUCACUUAAACAUGUCAUAUUUUAUGCAGUUUUUCAAAGUUUAAUUUGACAUAAAGAGCUGGAUUAUGUUUCAUUCUUUGGUGUCUGAACAGCAGAGGAAGUGAAUGUGUCCCCUGCUGCUGUCACCACGUAUUUUUUCCUCUUAUUAUUGUUUUCUAUCAGCUGCUUCGUUAAUAUUUUGACAUUUUUCACGUUGAUAUCUUCCUCUUGAGGGAAACACUGUGAGGAACGUGUUGUUUUUGUUGUUUGUCAGAUCUCCAUCUGUUUACCUGGCUCCGAUCACAUCAACAUGUCUGAUCUCUAAUCUUAGGAUUAAUGUUUGUGCCAAAUUCACCUGCUCACAAACAGUGACACAGCAGUGUCCUUCCACCAGGUGGCGCUCCAUUAGUCCUUACUGCACACACUGAAUACCAUGUACAAUCCUUGUUCAUAAGCUACAGUAUUUUUCCAGGGUUUUGAAUCUGAUCAAGAUUGAUGGUUAUGGUCUUUAUUAAUAUAAUCAUGUGUGAUCAAAUAUUUAAAUCUGUUUAAUAAAUAAUAUUUUUUCAGA